AAAUUUCAAACCAAUGUUCUGAUCGGUACCCAACGAAAGGAAUCGUCUACACAGCAUGUAGUCUGUCUAUUUAAACAGCUUGUUUUUCUCGAGUAACUGAAUCCCAGCAGACAGCGAACACAUCCCACGUAUGAUCGACAUAAUUGUGUCCAUUGCCAUAUCGUUUGGUCCCUAAAAGGAGUGGCGCGAGAGUUCCUCUUUUUCCCGUCUAGGGUUUCCUUGUUCACGCUUCUGCUUCUCUAGGGCCUUGGAGGACGACAGCCCAAAUCCUGGAAAACGCCAGACAAAGCGUUCCUAGUAACUGCUAACUUGAUGCCAGGUAUCAUCGGUUCCUUGCUCAACAACAGAGCCAUUAGCAUAUAGCCAACCUUCAAUGAUGGGAGAAGAAAAUACCAUUAACAACUCGAAUGUACGAAGGCCUGGUCUAUUGAGAGAUCAGGUGCAGUUGGUGAAGAGGAAAGAUAGUGAACGUUAUGAAAUAGUUCCAAUACCAGAUCAACUGUCAUUUGAAAAAGGUUUCUUCAUAGUGAUCCGUGCAUGUCAGUUGUUGGCACAGAAAAAUGAUGGUAUGAUACUAGUAGGAGUUGCCGGGCCUUCGGGAGCUGGGAAAACCGUGUUCACUGAAAAAGUGCUUCAUUUUAUGCCUAGCCUUGCUAUUAUAUCGAUGGACAACUACAAUGACGCUACUCGUCUUGUUGAUGGGAACUUUGAUGAUCCACGCUUGACAGAUUAUGAUACGUUGCUUGAUAACAUCCGUGACCUAAAACAAGGAAAAUCUGUUCAGGUUCCAGUUUAUGAUUACAAGCUGAGCUGCCGAACAGGAUACAGGACUGUUGAAGUUCCUACAUCUCGAGUUGUGUUUAUUGAAGGCAUCUAUGCACUAAGUGAAAAAUUGCGCCCUUUUCUUGACCUUCGGGUAUCGAUUACGGGUGGUGUCCACUUUGACCUUGUUAAGAGGGUUCUGCGAGAUAUACAACGAGCUGGUCAAGAGCCAGAAGAAAUAAUUCAUCAGAUAUCUGAAACGGUAUAUCCCAUGUACAAAGCUUUUAUUGAACCAGAUCUCCAAACUGCCCACAUAAAAAUUGUCAAUAAGUUUAAUCCGUUCUCAGGGUUCCAGAACCCCACUUAUAUACUUAAGUCACAAAAAGCUUUGACUGUGGAGGAAAUCAAGGCUGUCAUUCCCCAUGAACACAAAGAGACCAUGGAGGAGACAUAUGAUAUGUAUCUUCUUCCUCCAGGUGAAGAUCCAGAAGCUUGUCAGUCAUACCUGAGGAUGCGGAAUAGGGAUGGAAAAUAUAACCUUAUGUUUGAGGAAUGGGUGACUGAUAGUCCCUUCAUCAUAUCUCCUAGAAUCACGUUUGAAGUAAGUGUGCGACUUCUUGGUGGAUUGAUGGCCCUGGGGUACACCAUUGCUACCAUCCUAAAAAGAAGCAGCCAUGUCUUUUCUUAUGAUCACAUUUCUGUAAAGAUUGAUUGGCUUGAGCAAUUAAAUCGCAGAUAUGUUCAGGUACAGGGCAGAGACCGUUUGGCUGUAAAAGAGGUUGCAGAGAAGCUGGGUUUAGAUGGUUCAUACAUUCCGCGUACUUACAUAGAGCAGAUUCAGCUGGAAAAGCUUGUAAAUGAAGUUUUGGCUUUGCCAGAUGAUCUGAAAACGAAGCUCAGCAUUGAUGAUGAUGUAGCUUCAAGUCCAAGGGAAGCACUGUCAAGAGCUUCUGCUGAUAGGGUGGCCAUGAGAAAAAAUCUUAAGAGCAGCCUGCCUCACUCCUUUUCAACACACAGAGACAAGAACCUUGCUAACUUGACAAGGCUUACGGUUGGCACUAAGCGUGUUGAGAUCAGGGGCCUUGACUCACCUGCUCCUUUGCCCAACCAGGGAAUGAUAACUCAGCUUUCUGAGCAGAUAUCCACACUCAAUGAGAGAAUGGAUGAAUUCACAUCGAGAAUAGAAGAGCUAAAUGCCAAGCUAACCACCAAUAAAUCUUCAACCAGCCAACAGAACCUGAACCUACAGGUAGAAGCCUGCAAUGGUUCUCUUCCAACUUCGCAUUACUUAUCUGGCUAUGGAAAUGGAGCCCUACAUACUUCCUCCUCUGUUCCUCAAUUUUCGAAGGAAUCACCUCUGAUGGAAGAGAUAACAAUGGUUGCACGUGGCCAACGCCAAAUUAUGCAUCAACUAGACAAUCUCAGCAGCUUCCUCCAUGAAAAUGUAGGUCAGAGAAAUCGUCAAAGCAGAGUUGAGGUUAGCCAUGGGAGAACUGAUGUUGGUCUCAUUGGGGUUUCACUAAUUACCAUGCUGGCAGUUGGUGGCAUUAGUGCAUUACUUUUGAGAGGCUACCGUAGUCAGUGAAUCCUUAGAAGCUAUACAGUUGUCUUCUUUCGAUUCAAUCAGCAGCCAAAUGUCGAUUUUUCUUUACUUUUUAACCCUCUUUUAUGUUCAUUUAGAUUUAUAAUGGGAAGGUAAUUAAUUCAUGGGCAUUGUAAACAGGAGGAUGGGGCCAAGAAAGGAAAGGUGAUCCUCAAUCCUUGAAAUGAAAUCUGUAUAUCUUCAUUGAUAAAAUAGUAAUUGGUAAAAUAAAUUGUAUUUGGUGGGGCA